AUGGCGGAAAAGCAGAGGGUCUGUGUUACUGGUUCAGGAGGAUGUAUCGCUUCAUGGCUCGUAAAGUCUCUUCUCUCCCAUGGCUACACUGUCCAUGGAACCGUUCGAGAUCCUUGUGAUAUAAAGAACGACCAUUUGAAGAAAUUGGAUAACGCUGCAAAGAAUCUGAAACUUUUCAAGGCAGAUUUGUUUGAUUACAAAGGUCUUUCUUCAGCCAUUUCUGGCUGCUCUGGCGUUUUUCAUGUUGCUUGUCCUGUGCCUUCUGAAGGAGUUCUUCUCACAGAAGAAGAACUGAUGAGAUCAGCUCUCACUGGCACCAAAAAAGUUCUAGAAGCAUGCACAGAAGCUAAAGUGAAGAAAGUUGUGGUUGUAUCAUCACUUGCUGCAGUGUUUUACAACCCAAAGUGGCCUAAAGAUGUUGCUAUGGACGAGGAUUGUUGGUCAGACACUCAAUACCUUCACUCACUUGAGGGUUAUUGGCCUUAUUACGUUCUUGCCAAAACAUUAAUGGAACGUGAAGCUCUAGAGUGGAGCAAGAAAAGCUUAGCUGAUGUUGUUACGGUCCUGCCCUCUGUCACGGUAGGCCCUAGGCUCCAAUCAACGCUUAACUCUAGUAGCUUGGGGCUUCUCCAAUUUAUAAAAGGAGGUAUAAAGUCCUUGUUGAGCGAGAAACUGUAUCUUGUGGAUGUGCGUGAUGUGGCGGACGCGCUUUUGUUGGUAUAUGAAAAUCCAGGAGCAAAAGGAAGAUACAUAUGCAAUUCUCAUUCACUUUACAACACUUCUCUUGUGGAGAAGCUGAAGAAUAUGUAUCCUAACCGCAACUUUCCCGAAAGCUUCAUUGAGAUAAAAGAGAAGGGGGAGAAUGGAGAGAUGCUUCGGCUAAGUUCAGAGAAGUUACAGAAUUUGGGGUGGAAGUUUAGGCCAUUAGAAGAAACCAUUGAUGAUUCUGUUGUGAGCUUUGAAGUUGCUGGUGAGCUUCCAAAGCUAUAG